AUGAUGGCAACUCAGCCAUCACAAGCCGACCCUGAGGCUACACAAGAGGCAGCCCAGACCGGGCAGGGAGCAAACACGACAAUUCUCAACUUUGUCUAUCGCCGGAAGGGGCACCUAGCGGCCCGCAACGCCCAACCCGGCUCAGUCCAAGUCGAGACACGCGUCUUUGAAUUGGAAAAGGACUUCACGCACCUCCUUGACGUUGCUGGUUGCCCCCCUGACGUGAACCUGCGGGCCGUGACGAGACACCUCCCAGAUUUCAACCGAUAUGUCUGGACUAUUCUCAAAGACACCUCGGUAUCUAUGUGGCACAUGUACUUCACGUCGACACAAGCAGUCGGCCUCUUCCGUACUCUGGGCAGCAAAAUCGUUUUGAGUUAUAACGACCACGCUGCCGAGCUCGAGUUCUGGGAUGCGGGUACAGAUCUGCUGUACUCCGCGGUACUCGAGACCAUAGCAAAGCCUGUGCGAGCUCCUAGACAGCAGCGACAGACCAUCAAACCUGACAUCGAAUCAGUGUACAGACCUCUGUCGGAUGUCUACCUCGAUCAUAAACCUAAGACCUCCCGCCCGUCCACCAAGAAGAUUGACAAAGUCAAAGAAAAGACAAGGGGCCAACCAAGCAUGACACCCACCAUCACUGAGACCGAGGAAGCAAUUCCAGACGAGGAUGAUAUCGAAGUCGAAAAGGUUCCAGUGAAUGAGCGGACUCUGGGGGUAUUCAGGACUCUCUUUUUUGACCCAUCGACGAGAACAACACUCGGUGAAAUAUCGUAG